AGAGGCGAAAAACACGCGAACGAUCGUUGCGUCUGCGCGAAACGCGAGCAUCUCGGUGUCUUAUUCGACUAAAAUUUACCUAUUUUUCUGUAAAUAUCUUUCCCUCUAAUUAGAAACGCGUCGAAUCACGAACAACGCGUAAUGUAAGAAUUUACGUUGAAAGAAAUCGAAAGAAAAAGAAUUAACGAUAAGAAAGAAAAGGAGAAAGGGUAGCCGUGUCGUUCGACCGAGCGGUGGGGGUAAACGAGAAGGAUAGAACGAGCGAGGGAAACAAGGGAAAGAGAGAGACAGUCCGAGAGAUAGUAAAGGACAAGGAUACGAAGCGCGACGUUCAACAGUAGUAGCGCUGAUUUGUGAUUUCAUCGAUGGAUACUGAUUUCGAGGGUACAACUCGAUGCGAAUUGAAUAUAGUGCGCUUUCGUCUAGUCGUAUACCUGUUUUUUUUUUUUUUUCGCGGGCGUUUAACCCAAGCUUGAUUUACAACCAGUGUCGAGGGAAAUUUUGACGAAUAUGUAAUUUGUUUGUGAUCCGCUCGUAGGCAGUAUCUCUUCGAACGACGCGUUCUUACAUUUUAAAUAUAACGGUGUAUAAAUAAGUAUGAGCAAUAGCGGGAGUGCACAAGCGAACUUCUCGCCGUUCAUUUUUACCAACGAUUCAAGCUUGAUCGAUGCAUUUUUUAUUCACACUUGAAACACGUCAAUGAAUGCGCAUCAAAUGCGGUCGGAAUCGAUGAUUUUCUCCUCAAACUUUACCACAUAUGUUUUUCGUGCGUGGGCAUGCAGCACCGAACUAUCGUCAAGGAAAAUUCAAAGUUCUCCUCAAUUGGACGAUUGAAAGAUAAAUACAUUGGGAAAGUAGAAAUUUCUUGUGUAACACGCGAUCGUUCGAACGAUGAGGUCUUCUCGCGUAUCUGUUGAAACACACGUCGAUAGAUAUCGACUAAAUCUAUGGGAAGAAAGCAUACGUAAUGUUGUCGCUUGUAAACUGGACGCAGACAUACAAAGAGUGGCGACUUGCUGAAGAUUGUACGAUUAUUGGUUUCCAUGCUUAUAUAAUGCUUCAAGAAUUUUAUAUAUUUAUCAUUGAAUUGGCACUGUUGUGCAACAAAGGAACAGCCGUUUCUAUGAGCGCCUCUCGUCCGUUACACUGUGAUGGAAAGGAUAAUAACAGCAAAAGUGGUUCAAAUAGAAUGGCAUAUGAGGUAUUUCUGGGUGGAUCUUGUAAUCCAACCACAUGGAGGUCAGAAAUAGCUAUACCGACUCUUCAGAGCCUCGGAAUUACUUAUUAUAAUCCCCAAGUCUCGCAGUGGGGACCGGAACUGAUAGCUCAAGAAUACGAAGCGAAACAGACGGCGAAAGUAUUACUGUUUGUAAUCGAUAAUCAGACACGCAACAGUGCAGGCAUCAUCGAAGCAGCUCAACUGGCAGCUACCCGACGGGAGUCUUUAAUUGUUGUUAUUUAUCCGUAUCGUCAGGGUCAAACGAUACUCGGCGAGACUGUGUCCAUUCACGAAUAUUACGAUCUGAUGAAUGGAUUAUUGGUACUUCAAUAUCUUAUGGAGAGACAAAGGAUACCGAUAUUUGAGAGCGUAUCGGUCGCUCUUAAUUGUACGUCCAAGGUACUGCGCGAGGAGAUAAACGUACAGGAUUUGCAUACCGACGAUGGCAUUAGAUCAAUUAAAAUAUCUUUCGGUCAAAACGGAAUGGACACGGUGACGCUCAGGGAGAUUUUCAAAUCCAUGGACACAAACGACAGUGGAAGCAUCAACUUGGAAGAAGCUUGGAUAGCGUUACAAUCGAGCGUGAAGUGCAACGUAUCGGUGUCGGACCUUCUCAAUGUCGUGAAUAAAUCGGAAACGUAUAGGACGCUGAUAGAAGAUGGCUAUCGAACAAAGAGAGAUCCGACCCAGUUACGGAUAAACUUUGAACAGUUUUGCGCGUUGGCAGCGGAAUCAUCGUGGAGGACGAAAAGCAACGGCGUCUCUUGUGAAAGUGAGAUACCUUCAGUUUGGAGUAUAUUAUGUAGGAAGGCUUCGAAAUUUCUUCGCAGAGCUAUCGUACAACCUUUUAACCGUUUCCUAGAUUGGACCAAUUCCUUGGUGGCCGAGUCCGAGAAGAGGGACUUGUAUGUUGGAGUAAUCGGUAAAGAUCAGUUUUGGUUAGAAACGAACGCAGCACCCUCGAUCGAAUCCAUGGGAUUGACACUGUACAGAAGUUCAAGCGCGAACGAGUACAACGUUAAAGUAUUGCCGCAGGAAUUGCAAAAGAUGAAAAAUUCCAGGCUAAUAUUGUUGAUAGUGCCGCAGCAUUCGCGCGGUAUCACCAUAAUGGCGUUGGCAGCUCAUUUGAUUGGAUUACGCGCUAAAUUAGUCCUCUGCGUUCAAACGCUUCCCGAUGGUUGCGUAGUUUCUGGUGAAAAGCUAACCGAACAAGCCAGGAAAGACUACAAUCGGGGAAGAAUGUACCUGUCGGACUAUGCGACGCGCGAAGGUGUACCUGUUUUUCAGAAUAUCGCAGAAGCUUUGCAACACGCGAUACAGCUAGUUCAACGUAUUCGUAGGAGGCGCGCAAGGUGGACGGGGCAGCAGGAAAAAGAUAAAGUGGAAGAGGAACAAAAAGAAGAGGCUAAGAUCGAGACAAAGAAAGAGAAAGAAAGAGCGAAGGAGAGGGGUGAUAGGUUAAUCACGAGAGGCCCGACUCCCUGCGUGCCUUUCAGAGAAACGAACGAGUGGUGCAGAAGAGUGCGUGCAUCGGUCAAAAGUGGACCUCGAUUCGGCAAAGGUCUUCCGAUUCGACGAGGAGAGAUGUCCAGCCGCCAGCCAGACGAUCCAUACCCAGAGAUCAUCGAACCACCAGGCAGAAGAAGGGCCGACAGUUUCGGCAAACUGUUGGUUCGAUUUGUGUCCAUUUACUGGAAAUCGCUCAUGAUCGUGUUAUGGCCGCUGAUUCUGUUACCCCUCGUCAUCGUCGAAGCAACCGAGGCGAUAGCGAUGCGGUGCCUGUACGUGGUCGGUAUAAUGGCAAUAUUCUGGAUGACCGAGGUGCUACCGUUACCGGUCACAGGUUUGAUCCCCAUCGUACUCUAUCCGCUGAUGGGUAUAAUGAGCACAGGUGACACUUGCGCUUGCUACAUGAACGACACCACGAUGAUGUUUAUCGGUAGCAUGGUGAUUGCAAUCGUCAUCGAAAACUCUGGCCUGCAUAUGCGUGUAGCGCUGCUGAUCAUUAAGACGAUCGGUUGCAGUCAUCGAAGAUUAACCCUGGGCCUCUUCUUCGUCACCAUGUUCCUGUCCAUGUGGAUUUCCAACACCGCAGCUACCGCUAUGAUGUUGCCUAUCGUUGAGACUGUUCUCCUGGAACUGGAAGCGCAAGGCUUGGGUGAUAUGUUCGUUUCCGAGGAGAACGUGGAAGAUAAUACAGAACCGGUUAAAAAGCCGACCAACGUCACCAUGGUGUAUUAUCUCGUGGCGGCGUAUGCUUCUAGCCUGGGAGGCAUAGGCACGUUGGUUGGAAGUGGUACCAAUUUAACCUUGAAAGGAUUCUUCGAGAAGCGCUUCCCGGAUAGUGCUGGCAUCAGUCUUACCUCCUGGAUGCUCUAUUCGGUUCCACCCAUGCUCCUCAUGAGUUUCCUCACUUGGCUGUGGCUUCAGGUCAUGUACAUGGGAUUGUUCAGGCCCAAAAGCAAGGACGCGCUUGCCAUCGACAUUGGCAGUCAAGGUGAACGCGUGGCAGCGGCUGUGAUUGACAAGAAAUACAAAGAGCUAGGAUCUGUUACGUGGCACGAAACUACUGUCGGUGUCCUCUUCGUUACCGUUGUGUUAUUGUGGUUCUUCAGGAGCCCCGGAUUCGUACGAGGUUGGCCAACUUACAUCACUAAUUUACAAGUCAAAGACUCGACGGCAGCCGUUUGUGUCUCUAUUCUCUUCUUCAUCUUGCCGUCGAAGCUUGAUUUUCUUCGGUCCUUCGAUUCGGAUCCGGCUAAUCGUCCUACAAAAUGUUCACCCGCCAUGAUCACUUGGAAGAUGAUACACCAGAAGAUGCACUGGAGCUUGAUCUUAGUGCUGGGCGGUGGAUUCGCAAUCUCGGCUGGCAGUACUACCUCCAGAUUAUCUUCAAUCAUUGGGAACGCUUUGAUCGGUUUGCAGUCGAUAAAUCCACUCGCUAUAUUAUUUAUUGUUUGCGCGUUUGCAGAAACUGCGACGGAAUUGACCUCUAACGUUGCGGUUGCGAAUAUCAUCCUUCCGGUUCUGGCAGAAAUGUGCGUUGCUCUGAGAUUACAUCCUUUGUACUUGAUGCUGCCAGCUACUCUCUGUUGCUCCUUUUCAUUUCAUUUGCCAGUGGGCACACCGCCAAACGCAAUCGUCACUGCUGCUGGUCACAUAAAAACCAGAGAUUUUGCUAUAGCUGGAAUUGGUCCUAGUGUUAUAACGCUUAUCGUCACGGCACUUGCGUUUUCCACUUGGGGCACCUUCAUUUUCAACCUAUCUGAGUUUCCUGGUUGGGCAACGUAAAGCACUCGCACACUUGCAAAUUGCCUACCAUUUUUUCCUCGUGUUUUUAGCCGUGACAUGACGCGUUACGAUCGAAUACUUAUCGCUAAAUCUAUUUAGCGCUCGUUAACGCUCCAGUAUUUUAGUAGCAUUUCAAUCAAUCAAAUUAUAUAACAUUAAAUGGAUCCUAAACUUUGUUCCGCCUUGGAUACUUGCCAGGAAUCUCGAUUGUAUAUUUAUAGUAUUUUAUGACACAGAAUUUAGCUCCUUUACCUUAAAAAAUGACUAAAAAAGUGAAAAAAGUAAUAAAGUGUAACUUACCAUCGACCGAUGUCUCAUAACCUAUAACGUCCACUUCUUCUCCCAUACUAUACUCGAUUUGCUUCUUUUAAAAUGAACAGUCCAAAACUAUGACCUUGUGUUCCUCAAUCUUCUGAUUAUGGACACUAAUCAUCAAUGAUUUUUAAUACAAAUACAAAUUUAUAGAAUCAAACAGUA